AUGAAUGAGUCGAACCCAUUUGGAGAGGUGCAUGCCACUAUGAAGUUGGUUCGCCAUAUGCAUCCGUAUCCACAUUCGCAUCCGCAUCUGCAUCAACACCUUUACCCAUUUUACCCAUCCUUCAAACACCAAGUUAAAGUGCCUCAUACCCAAACACCACCUCCACCAAGUGAUCUUCCACCAUUACCUCAUUCCAGUCCAAAGAAAGAAAAAUUGGAAGUAUGA